GACUUAUGCUUACAUUUCUGCAGGCACACAGUCCAAUAUCUCCAACUCUGAAAUAAAAGAAGCAUUUGUGCUCUGUUAAGGAAUCUGUAUCGAAUUAAUUGGUUACAUUUUCUUGUCACAAGACAGUCUUUCAUGGGCUGCUGAGUGCUGGCUCAUUUGUGAUCUCAUCACACUAAACUACCUCUGCUUCUGUCUCUGCUCCGUAUAUAUUCAGUUUAAGUGCAAAAACACAAGACGCACUUCAGAUGAACAGACUUCAACAUAUCAGGGGUCAUAUUGUGUCUGCAGAUAUGAAGUUCCUCAUUGAAGUAUGCACCUUUUCACUGUCUAUGAAUAUGGCCGCUACCCUGCCAAGCCCCCUCACAACUCAUGUGCUGAAUACAGCCCAAGGAGUUCCUGGAGCCAACAUCACCAUUAUCCUCUAUCGCCUAGACCCCAUCUCAUCGGUGUGGAACUUACUCACAACAGGGAUAACUAAUGACGAUGGAAGGUGUCCUGGGUUAAUUUCAAAAGAAAGCUUCAUUGCUGGCAUGUAUAAAAUGCGUUUUGAGACUGGAAUGUAUUGGGAUGCCUUGGGGGAGUCGUGCUUCUAUCCAUAUGUAGAGGUUGUCUUCACCAUCACUGAUUCUUCUCAGAAGUACCACGUUCCUCUGCUUCUGAGCCGUUUCUCUUACAGUACAUAUAGAGGAAGUUAGAUGUAAAGUUUAUGCAUGUUUCUGUGCCAAUGCACCAGUAAAUAUUUAAUGUUUCCUCAUGGGAUAACACUAUAAUAAUUGUCAGAUAUAAGUAAUUUAAGCGUUUUGUUGAUUAUCAGUUAAUCAUUUACCAACCAUUAAUACACAUUUGUAUUAUUGAUAUGUUACUCUCAACAGGCGUUAAAAUAAAUAAUUCAAGAUCAUCUUAAUGAAACAA